AUGACAGCCGGGGGCUGGCAGGUAACGUUUUUGCCCCCUCAGGUCACGUUCGAUCACAGACCUGACGCCCAGCAGGGAGGGAGGGGAGUGUCAGACCCGAAACUCGAGCUGAACUCCCUUGACACGCUGCACCACUCGCCGGCUUGUUGUGCCCCGCUGCUAUAGCGCCACUGAAACAAACCUUCCUGGACCCCCCGACUCCCUCCAGAACCGAACCACCUCAGAUUUUGAUACUCAUAUUUUGAGUGCCCUUCAAAAGAACUUCACGCGUCACUGUCAUUUUGUCUUCUGAUGAGUUUCCUCCGAUGGCAGACUACAAAGUGCACAAAUAUGAGCCAAGAAAGUACAGCACCAAAAUUUCCAUUGACCCUAAAGUGAAGUUUUACGAGCCUGUACAAAGUGCCAACACCUACAAACCGCUCAUCAACAGACCGAUUGAGCAAAAAAAGACAGAACUGAGGACGUAUGAUAAAGUCAAGAAAUAUGACUCCUACAGCGAGUACGUGCCGCCUUGGUCACGUGGGAAGGAGAAAGGAAAGAAGACUGUAAAGGAAGCAGAGCCUCCGCCUCCUCCUCCUCCUACUCAGAAGAAGAAGCAGCAGCAGCAGCAACAGCAGCCGCCCAAAGUGUCCUUCGCUCCAGUUACCUCGUCGAAGGAACCAAGUCUGUCGAGCCUGGGGACAGUCAAAAGGAUGCUGCUUCUCUUCACCGGCCCACAAUCAGACCAGCCUCCGAACUUCUGAUCACGUGAUGAGCCCACAGCUGUGAGACUACGAGACCGGAAGUUGACAAGUUACUCCGAGGUCAAGAGUUUAACUGACAUCGUUUAACUGACAGUGGGUGAACGUUAAGGCCGAGUGCUGCUGACGACACACCGAGUUUUCUAGAAGGCAGUUCGUCUCCAUGCGGAUGACCUCCAUGACUAGACCGGAUGGCAUGAAGCGUGGACGUGCAACUUUAUAUGUAACUCAAGUUCGAUAUGCAUCGAUAUGAUGUGUGAUUUAUUUCAGUGACUUUUGUACAGUGGUGACCCACAUGUGAACCCAUUCGAGAGAUAAACUCUCACGUAACAAAUAUGUUUGACCGCGAUAAAGAAAGACUGGUAUGUAAGCUCUGGUUGGAGCGAAAGAAAGUGACUAAACUGUCCUCAUUUGUCUGUUUUUACCAGCAGCUGCUAUACAGCAACGAGUUUGUACAUGUGUGGUGAUAUUCAUUCACUUUUCGUUUUGCUGCAGAAUGUAAAUGUAGUUUUCUCCACGAGAUUUCUCCUACUAGAGUGCGUUGUUUUGUGAUCCAUGCCGACAACACCAGAGUUGUCCAACUCUUGUAAACGUUCUUCCUCAUU